AUGUUGGGCCGGGGGUGUUUUGUUGUGUGUGCCGUGCCCUGUGACAGGUCAGAGUUCGUGACCCCACCGCCGCCGCCCGCGAGCGCGUCCCCGCUUCCUCUUCCAGCGCCCGCCCUGCCGCGGCCCCUCCAUCCCCCGCGGGGCGGGGCCGGUGGCGGGGAGGGGCUACUGGGCUACCUGUACCGCCCGAGCUCCGCACCGCUCGGACCGGGCUGGGUUUCUAUGGCUUUGCAGGAGGAGGUCGGCCCUCAGGCCAGCAAGGGGAAGGCACGGCCCCCGCCUUUGCACAUCCCGCUCAGAAGACUCCUCGGGGGCCUGCAGCCCGAGGGCUCCACCGAGGGCUCCUCUCCUCAGGGCUCCACCGAGGGCUCCUCUCCUCAGGGCUCCACCGAGGGCUCCUCUCCUCAGGGCUCCACCGAGGGCUCCUCUCCUCAGGGCUCCACCGAGGCUCCUCUCCUCAGGGCUCCACCGAGGGGCUCCACCGAGGGCUCCUCUCCUCAGGGCUCCACCGAGGGCCUCUCCUCAGGGCUCCACCGAGGGCUCCUCUCCUCAGGGCUCCACCGAGGGCCUCCUCAGGGCUCCACCGAGGGCUCCUCUCCUCAGGCCUCCACCGAGGCCCUCCUCAGGCCUCCACCGAGGCCUCUCUCAGGCCUCCACCGAGGGCUCUCUCCUCAGGCCUCCACCGAGGGCUCCUCUCCUCAGGCCUCCACCGAGGGCUCCUCCUCAGGCCUCCACCGAGGGCCCUCUCCUCAGGCCUCCACCGAGGGCUCCUCUCCUCAGGCCUCCACCGAGGGCUCCUCUCCUCAGGGCUCCACCGAGGGCUCCUCUCCUCAGGCCUCCACCGAGGGCUCCUCUCCUCAGGCCUCCACCGAGGGCUCUCUCCUCAGGCCUCCACCGAGGGCUCCUCUCCUCAGGCCUCCACCGAGGGCCUCUCCUCAGGCCUCCACCGAGGGCUCCUCCUCAGGCCUCCACCGAGGGCUCCUCUCCUCAGGCCUCCACCGAGGGCUCUCUCCUCAGGCCUCCACCGAGGGCUCCUCUCCUCAGGCCUCCACCGAGGGCUCCUCUCCUCAGGCCUCCACCGAGGGCUCUCCCUCAGGCCUCCACCGAGGGCUCCUCUCCUCAGGCCUCCACCGAGGGCUCUCUCCUCAGGCCUCCACCGAGGGCUCCUCUCCUCAGGCCUCCACCGAGGGCUCCUCUCCUCAGGCCUCCACCGAGGGCUCCUCUCCUCAGGCCUCCACCGAGGGCUCCUCUCCUCAGGCCUCCACCGAGGGCUCCUCUCCUCAGGCCUCCACCGAGGGCUCCUCUCCUCAGGCCUCCACCGAGGGCUCCUCUCCUCAGGCCUCCACCGAGGGUCCUCAGGGCUCCUCUCCUCAUGGAGAGCAGGCUCCACCAAGGGCUUCUCUUCUUCAGGCCACAGUUCCUGACAAUAAGGAUUAA